AUAUAUAUACCAACAUAUAUCAAGAAUCAUCAGGGCAUUCAAGAAUUCGAUGAAUUCAACAAAAGACAUAAACAUUAUGCAGGAUUGUGCAGACAAUAACUGCGAUUUUGUGGUGACGAUGAAGAGCGAGGAAGUGGUGAAGGCUAGGCUGGGCGCGUACGAGCACUGGUUGCCCAUGUCCAACUUAGACCUGCUAAUCCCGCCAUUAGAUUUCGGAGUUUUCUUCUGCUACUACAACAAUAAUGCCAUGGCCGCCAUGAAUGAUAGCUGCUGCAUUAGUCUUAGGUCGCCGGAGAAAAUGGUGGGAGUUAUUAAGAAAGCCCUGGCUGAGACACUGGUGUCCUUCUACCCAUUUUGUGGAGAGGUGGUCCAUAACGGCCAUGGCGAGCCGGAGCUUCACUGCAACAACCAUGGGGUCAACUUCAACCACGCUUACGCAGAUGUUGAAAUGAAGAAUUUGGAUCUGUUUCGCCCAGAUGUUUCUGUCCAUGGAAAGUUGGUCCCGGAUAACACUACUACCGGGAAAGCGGGUGUGCUUUCUGUUCAAGUGACAGAACUGAAAUGCGGCGGGCUUGUGGUUGGAUGCACAUUCGAUCACCGCGUCGCCGAUGCCCACUCAGCAAACAUGUUCUUGGUGGCCUGGGCUGAUACCGCCCGUGCAAACAAUACAUCUUUCCGUCCAUCUUUCCGGCGAUCUCUGCUCAAUCCACGCCGCCCUCCUUCCCACUACCCAUCCCUAGAUGAGAUGUACUUGAUGAGAUCUUCCCUCCCACCGCCGCCAAUCCACGACGAUGAUGAAGACCGCCUCAUCAGCCGCAUCUACUACGUCCCCUCCGACCAAAUCGCGCUCCUCCAGUCCCUGGCCAGCGGCGGCGGACAACGGCGGAGCAAACUCGAGUCCUUCAGCGCUUUCCUCUGGAAAACCGUCGCCCAAGGCUGCAAAGGCGGCGGCGAUGACGGGAAGAGAUGCCGGCUAGGAGUCGUCGUAGACGGGCGGCAAAGAAUGAUGAAAAGCUGUUUUUCUCCCUCCGCCCUGCAAAGCUACGUCGGAAACGUCCUUUCGGUUCCGUUUUCCGAAGCGAGCGUGACGGAGCUCCGAUCAACGCCGCUGAGUGGGGUCGCGGAGAGGGUGCACGCGUGCUUGGAGAACGCGGCGAGGGAAUCCCAUUUCUUGGCUCUGAUCGACUGGGUGGAAGUGCACAGGCCGGAACAGGCGAUCGUGAGGGUUUACUGUAAGGAAGAGGGGCAAGAAGCCGCCGUGGUGGUGUCGUCCGGGCUUAAGUUUCCGGUGUCGCAAGUGGACUUCGGAUGGGGCGCGCCGGGUUUCGGGUCUUACCAUUUUCCAUGGGGCGGUCAAACGGGAUAUGUGAUGCCGAUGCCAAGUGUCCAUUGCAAUGGAGAUUGGAUCGUGUAUGUGCACCUGUUGAAGAGGUACUUGGAUGUGCUGGAGACGCAGGCUGCUCAUGUCUUCAAGCCCUUAAAUCAUAUAUAUCUUAACACCUCAUUUCCGGCCUCCCGUUGAUAAUUAAGCAAUGA